AUGUCGUUCUCAAAUCUGGUCUCCGAUAUCGCCUUCCGAGAUUCCAAUGCGGACGAUCGUUCACAGAUUUCACGCGCUCAGUCUCGCACAGCUCGAUCAUACACGAGUACUACAGCCACUAGUGUCAGCAUUUCAGGGGACAUUGGAAGCCAACUCCAUGCCGGUUACAGCCACCCACUGAGCCGGUCAUGGCAGGCCGAGAGGCAACUGACAAAGGACAUGCUCAUCUACCCACUUUUCGUAACCGACAACCCUGACGAGGAGACCCCCAUUCCGUCACUGCCCAACCAAUACCGCCGGGGCGUCAACCGUCUCGUCCCGUUCCUGGCACCACUUGUUCGGAAAGGAUUGCGCUCGGUGAUGCUGUUCGGAGUGCCGCUCCAACCCUCGGCCAAAGAUGCACUUGGAACCGCUGCAGAUGACCCGUCGGGCCCCGUCAUUCAAGCAAUUCGACUCCUCCGUACUCGCCUCCCCCAGCUCUAUAUCACGACGGAUGUCUGUCUUUGCGAGUACACAUCACACGGGCACUGCGGAAUUUUGACCGAAGAUGGAACUCUGGACAACGCGCAAUCCGUUGAUCGCAUUUCGGAUGUGGCCUUGGCCUAUGCCGUUGCCGGCGCCCACUGUGUUGCACCAUCCGAUAUGAAUGACGGAAGAGUACGAGGCAUUAAGCUCAAAUUGAUCGAGGCCGGCCUGGCACAUCGCGUGCUUCUGAUGUCGUACAGCGCCAAGUUCAGCGGGUGCCUGUACGGCCCGUUUCGCGACGCGGCCGGGUCGUGCCCCUCCUUUGGAGAUCGUCGCUGCUAUCAGUUGCCGCCCGGUGGUCGUGGACUUGCCCGUCGCGCGAUUAAGCGAGACGUGAACGAGGGCGCUGAUAUCAUCAUGGUCAAGCCCGCGAGUAGUUAUCUAGACAUUAUUCGAGACGCCAAGGAACUGGCCCAAGAUCUCCCCGUGGCUGCGUACCAGGUCAGCGGUGAAUUUGCGAUGAUCCACGCGGCCGCGAAGGCGGGCGUGUUUGACUUGAAAGCCAUGGCCUUUGAAAGCACCGAAGGCAUUCUCCGGGCAGGGGCUGGAAUCGUGGUCAGUUACUUUGUUCCGGAGUUUCUAGAGUGGCUAUGA